AUGAGGCUACUGUUCCUUCUUGUUGUCCUUCUUAUAUGUCUGACUCAGACAACAUCAGGGCAUAAAAGAAAUAGUAAAUCCUUUCAGUGCAAGAAAAUGGGUGGCGCUUGCAAGAGCCAGAAGACCCACGGGUGCUCCAUCCUGCCUGUAGAAUGCAGAAGUCGGUUCAAACACUGCUGCCGACUGUAG